CUGUGCUCCGUAACAUGAGAGCCACAUGACCAAUAGGAAGGCAAACAGUCUGGAAGUUAGUCUGUUUCUUCCGCAAACUUUCUGAGUUUUUGCUGUGUUUUAAGAGGAGCGAGCAACAGGCCACAGUCCAACAGCACUGGAACAGAACUGAUCAGCCUGAGAAACAUCAGCAAAGAUGGCAAACCGGCUACAGCAGCUUGUAGCGGAGAAGAAGGACAUGGUGGAGACUGUGAUGGAGGUGUUUGAACAGGGAGCUGAAGUGGUGGCCAGUAUCGCCGGUGACCUUUUCCCGGUGUUCUCCAUCGCUGCUCCGAUUGUUAAGCUGGCUCUGGACAACGUAGACAGCAAAGAGGCCACAUUCAUGAAGGAGCAGUUUCAGAAGGUGCGAGAGCGCCUGGAGGUGGUCUCGGAGGAGAUUCAGAGGAUCAACGAUGAGAUCAAGAAGAGCGGAUUGGAUGCUGUGUAUUUCCCACUGGAGGAGAACAUCACUAACCAGUUCAGGAAGUACAUGGAUAUCCUUAACGCCAAACCCAAGUACCGGGAGGUCAAGAAGAAGCUUUUCCUGGAUCAUUUCGGCAAGACCGGCGGUGACAAAAACCUUCACACCCUCUACAACGCUGUGACGGGUGAUAACUUCUCUGGGGAAUCUGUGCUUGAAAUCACCCUGAACUACGAGGAGAAAAGUCGCCGGCCGGUGGAGGACUUCUGUGCCAGGCUGAAGAAGCUCUUCUGCAUCGGGCUCAUCGCACUGUUGGGCCACGCCGCUCUGAAGGGAUAUGAUGAGGAAGAGGCGCUUCUGAAAGACUGGGGUGAGAAGAUGAAGGUGGUCCAGGAUAAAAUGAACACUGUCAUCGAAGACUGCAUCGUCAGCUUCCCCAAGCAAGCCGAGCUGGACUCCCGUCGACUGGUGAGAGAUCAUUCAGACUUAACCAACCAGCAGCUAGCCGAGGCUAUCAUAGAGAAAUUAAAGACCAAGUAUGACUGGGUGCGCUGGUCUGUGCGCAUAUUCAGGUCCCCUACAGGCCUGUUCGCUAACAAGAAGGAUUACCACUGCCCCACAGGGAAGAGUCGCUUCCAGGUCCCAGCGUCAGACGAGAAACUGAACGUCUGGGUGUCGUACAGCUCCUCACCUGAGCCUGUGGACAAGGGUCACAUCGAGCAGCUGAUCCAGAGUCAGAAGAAGCUCACGGUGGUGAGCGUAGCAGAGCUCCUCUUUGAGAAGUUACCCGGCGACUGCGUGGUCCACACGGUGAAAACCAGCAAAGACCUGGCCUGCUUCUGGAGCUUCUCCGAAGAGCUCCACUACUGGGAGGAGCACAAAAACUUCUACAUCUGCGUUCACUCGGCUUGAAGAUGUGGACACUGAAAAAAGUCUAAAGGCACUAAUUCUAUCUCUGCUUGUCCUCACACAGUAUGUGCCUUAGUUUUACGUCUCUAAUAGUCUUUUUUACUGAAUUAUUCCUUUUUUCUAAGAAUGUUUACCGUUAGUGUCCUGUCGACCUCGGGGCACAUCAAGUAAAGCAAUUUUAUUUAUAUAGCCCAAUAUCACAAAUCACAAUUUUAACACUCUCUGUCCUUAGACCCUCGAUUUGGAUAAGGAAAAACUCCCCCGAACACACUUUAAUUGGGGGGAAAAAUGGAGGAAACCUCUGGACCCCUCUUCCAGGCUUGCAGUAGAUGUUGUGUGUACAGACUUCCAAGAAAGUAACAUAAACUAGAUUCUUUUAACUAACAAUAAUGACCUUUUUGAUCCCAUGCAGACGUGCUUUGUUUAUGUCUCAGAACAGAUGGAAGAGUUUAGCCCUUUGUUUAGGCUGUAAUAGAUCCCAGCGUCGCUUCAUUAUGAAGGUUUUGGAACACAAUAAUCAAAAAGCUGACAGUUGCAGAGAAAUGCAGGUAUAAGAUCCACAGCUGUGAGGAUCUUAUGUGGCCAUGCUGGUUAAGUUGUUGCUUUGGGAUCCGGCUGUCAUGCAGAGAUAAUGUUUUGCUGGGAGUGAUAAGUGGUGACCUCACCCUGUUGAGGACGUAUUUACCAAAGCCGUGAGAGAAAAUGGCUCCGCAGUGUAACAGAGACUGUAACAGAGGCUUUAAAGCCUUCAGUUUCACUUCUCGUACUCAUCCGACAAAAACACCUUCUUAUUUUCUGCUGUACAGCACAAACAAAGCACAAGAAAACACAAGAGACAAGGCCUCAAACAGCAUUCGCUGUGGCGAACUGAAGCCCUUGAAACUUUAUUUAUACUCCCUGCCACGGACAUGCCGAGGCGUAGUGAUGGCAACACUUUGUUAACAUACAGAUAGCUUGCAUAGCUUUUCUUGUGUCACAGCAUUACCUGUGUGGUUGUGCAACACAAACUGGAAAGUUGUACCUGCUCAAAACCCCCAACUUCACAAACUUUGUGCAUUUAAUUUUAAAUAGGAAUAAGCUGUUGAAUUUUGAACAAUCUUGGAUUUGGGAUUUGGGAUUUUUGUGUUUGUUUGUUUGUUUGUUUGUUUAGAAGAGAUUUUGACCAGAAUUUGUAUAAUCGGACCAUGUCAUUGACACUACUUUACAGAGAGAUUCUGUUUACAAACCACUGAACUGUCUUCAUGGCUUAAGAUAUUUUAUGUGUUAUUGUACACGACAGUGAUCUGCGUCCUUCUGUUUGUAUAUUGUUUAUAUGUUAUUAUGUAUUAUUAUCCCAGCAAAACAUGCCCAAUAUUUACUGUAAAAUUAUUGAUACAAAGGGUUUAUGUUGUACUUCUGUUAUGUAUUAUUUCUUUUCCCACACAGUGUAUUUGGGCUGUCUCAGAUUCAAAACCCUGUUGGUACACCAAAGCAAUGAAUGUAAUGAAUCUUCCAAAUAAACGUGGUCAUACGUAA